GCCGCUUCCCCCUCAGGCGCUUCGUCCCCGGGGCUGUUGCGCCGCCUUCGCCGCGCGCAAUCCGCCUCAGGCGGGCAGCACCGAGUCCGGAGCGGGCUGGCCUGACUUGGCGGGGAGCGGAGGCGCCCUGGCUGGGGCGUCGGCCCUCCUCCUCCUCCGGGAGCCGAAGCGACGAUGGAGCAGCAGCAGCAGCCGAACCACGAGCCGCACCGCCACCCGGCGCAGGAGCGCUCGCGCUCGCACACCGUCACCACCACCGCCAGCAGCUCCUUCACGGCCAACUGGUCGUCCGCUUCCAGCACGCUCGCCUACGACCGAGAGUUCCUCAGGACGCUGCCCGGGAUCCUCAUGGUGGCCGAGAUUGUAAGUAGCCCAAGCUGAGGAGGAGCAGCAGCAGCGCGUCUCGCUUGCUCCCGAGGAAACGCGCGUCGCGCAGGAGCUGCUGCCGCCGCCGCCGCCACAGCCCGCGCUCGCUGGGACCGAUCACAACCCGGACCUCCCCGUUUAUCCGGGAGGGAGCCCCACUGAGUUCAAUAGCGCUUACUUCCGAGUAGACACGGUUGCGAUUUCCGCUCUUCUUCUUGUCCGCACCCCCCUCGCCAGUGCAUUUCUCUCUCUCUCUCUCUUAAAAUAAUAAUUUUUAUUAGUUUUCCAAAUUUUAGCAAAUCUAUCCAAAUUAUUAAAUUUAAUACAUUUUUUUAAAAAAAAAAUUAUAAUUAGGUUUCCGCUCCUGUUACAAAUGCUUCCUGAUGUUGCCACUUCAUUCUUCUAGCCAGUGCAUCGCUCUUCCCCCGCCCGCAGGCAGAAGGGUUCAGUUCCCAGGGCAGGUGUAAAGUAGAAAAUGCAAUAAAAUCAAAUAUCUGAAGCCUCUCUCGCAUGGAAUUGGCUCUGCCCCCGGAGUGUUUUGGAACGGGAUGUGUUUAUCAAAUAAAGCUGGGGUGCAAGGAGAGAGAGAUCCAUCCCUGCACUCCUCUGGAACUUGGAAUAUUUCACAGAAUCUGAGUGGGAAGGGAUCUCUGAGGGUCAUCUAGUCCAACCCCCUGCAACGCAGGAAUCUUUUCGCCCAAUGUGGGGCUCAAACCCAUAACCCUGAGAUUAAGAGUUUCAUGCUCUGCCGACUGAGCUAUCCACGUGUGCGGCUUAUAGUGGAUGGGGGAAGAGAGAAGAAAAUGACUUUAUACAUGCUCAGAGGCACACCCAUUGCUUUAAAAGUGCCAAGACUUGAGCAUUGUAAGCUAGUCACAAACCCUGCACCAGUUAAUAAGAACUGAUUUGGAUAUAACUGAACAGAUGUAGCGCUCCUUUGGAGAUACCAUUUGCAACAUGGAAAUAGGAUACGACUCCCUGGGCGUUUCUUCAUUGUAACUCCAUGCUGUGAGCAACCUCCUAAAGGGUAGAAGAAAACAGGGGUGGGAGAAGGAGAGGGAGUCAUUCAUUAAGAUCAUUUUAACUGCUAAGGGACCUCAAUUCCUUUAUUUUGUUACGAGAGAUCUGGAAGAUACAGACUUCAAAUCUGCCAAAGAACGGUUUCCUCUCUCCAUUUCUGUUUCUUACCUGAGAUUUGCUCUCCACUGACUUCUUAACAUAUCUCUCCCAGCUUGUUGCAAAUUCAUUCGAGCCUGACAGAUCACUUGGACAGCAGAGAGUUAGACAAAGAACCUAUGCCCUAGAGUAGGGGGGGGGCUGCUUUUUCCCAGCUAUCUGAAUAAUAGGCUUUUUCGGAAGCUCCUUGGGGCCAUUUCCUCUGGUUGUUUUUUUGUGUUGUGUGUUGAAAUGGAGGCGCUAAAGUGGUUGUAGGCUGGACAGGUUAUUGUUGCCCUUAAUAGGUCACCUGAGGCGAGAUUAGAAUCCUGGAGUCAGGUGAAUCCUGAAUAACUCAAGCUGGGCUCAUUCACAACAGUCUUUUAUCUCCUGUAAGCACUUCAGUACCUAUGGUCAGAAUGUCAUUCUGUUAAGCCUUUGGUAGUGAAGAGGAAGACAGCUGCCCAGGAAUGUGCCUAACAGCAUAGAUAUCCGCUCCCAAGAAUGUGUGCUGUAGGAGAGCCCAGAGAUGGGAGCCCAGAGGUGCCUUGAACAACUCCCAUUAUCAAGGUGUGUAGUAUAGUAUUAUACUAUAAAAGGUGAAGGUAAAAGUACCCUUGCCCGUUAGGUCCAGUUGCGGACGACUCUGGGGUUGUGGUGCUCAUCUCGCUUUAUUGGCUGAGGGAGCCGGUGUACAGCUUCUGGGUCAUGUGGCAGCAUGACUAAGCCACUUCUGACGAACCAGAGCAGUGCACGGAAAUGCCGUUUACCUUCCCGCCAGAGUGGUACCUAUUUAUCUACUUGCACUUCGGGCUUUCAAACUGCUAGGUUGGCAGGAGCAGGGACCAAGCAACGGGAGCUCACCCCGUUGCGGGGAUUCGAACCGGCAAGCUUCUGAUUGGCAAGCCCUAGUCCAACCCCCUGCAACACAGGAAUCUUUUCGCCCAAUGUGGGACUCAAACCCAUAACCCUGAGAUUUAUAGUUUCAUGCUCAGCCGACUGAGCUAUCCACCCACCCGUGCCCCUUAUAUACCUUAUAUACUAUACUGUGGUCUAAUCCACUGAGCCCCUUGGGCUUGGCGAUUGGAAGGUCGGCGGUUCAAAUCCCCGCAUCGGGGUGAGCUCCCGUUACUUUGUCCCUGCUCCUGCCAACCUAGCAGUUUGAAAGCACACCUGUGCAAGUAGAUAAAUAGGUACUGCUGCAGUGAGAAGGUAAAUGGCAUUUCCGUGCACUCUGGUUUCUGUCACAAUGUCCUGUUGCACCAGAAGCGGUUUAGUCACACUGGCCACAUGACUCAGAAAGCUGUGGACAAACGCCGACUCCCUCGGCCUGAAAGCGAGAUGAGCGCCGCAACCCCAUAGUUGCCUUUGACUGGACAUAACCAUCCAGGAGUCUUUUACCUUUUACCUUAGUAUAGUAUAGUGAAUUGGAAGUAGACUACAGCAGCAGGUGUUUAUGUUACCCAUCUUUUCUUUAAUUUUUUUUUAAAGAAAAAUAUCUAUAUGCUGCCUUUCUGUACUGAGCAGGUAGCCUGAAGCACAACCCAACAAUAGAAAGGUUUUUAAAUUGUAAUACAGUGGUACCUUGGUUUACGAACUUAAUCUGUUCCGGAAGUCCAUUCUUAAACCAAGGCGUACUUUCCCAUAGCAGUGGGGGGCUCAGUUUACAAAUGGAACACACUCAACAUGUUCUGCUUCCAAGGCAAAGUUCACAAACCACAACGCCUACUUCUGGGUUUGCAGCGUUCUUAUUCCAAGUUGUUUAUAAACUAAGCUGUUCUUAAACUAAGGUACCACUGUACAGGCAACUCACCUUUGACGCGGGAGUUGCGUUCUGAGGCACCACAUAUUUUAAGUCAAAUUGCCUAUAAUACAGUGGUACCUCGGGUUAAGAACUUAAUUCGUUCUGGAGGUCUGUUCUUAACCUGAACUGUUCUUAACCUGGUUUUGUUUUGCAUUAAAGUACGGUAGUUGAGAGGGAUGCGGGUGGCGCUGUGGGUUAAACCACAGAGCCUAGGACUUGCCGAUCAGAAGGUCGGCGGUUCGAAUCCCCGCGACGGGGUGAGCUCCCAUUGUUCGGUCCCUGCUCCUGCCAACCUAGCAGUUUGAAAGCAUGUCAAAGUGCAAGUAGAUAAAUAGCUACCGCUCCAGCGGUAAGGUAAACGGCAUUUCCGUGUGCUGCUCUGGUUCACCAGAAGCGGCUUAGUCAUGCUGGCCACAUGACCCGGAAGCUGUAUGCAGGCUCCCUUGGCCAAUAAAGCGAGAUGAGCGCCGCAACCCCAGAGUCGGCCACGACUGGACCUAAUGGUCAGAGGUCCCUUUACCUUUACCUGUAGUUGGUGCAAAAGGUUGAAGCACAGUAUCUUUUUUGAGGACCAUGUUGAAGGCAGAAUAAUGUUUGGUUUGGUUUCAGCAUGCCUGAUGGCAUGGAAAAAGGGCUGCUUAAAGCCCAAUGUUUUAUUUCUUUAGAAUAAAUAAAGGCAUUCAAAUUUAUCUGCAAUGGUAUCAAGAAUGCUCCUGCAGGGGAAAUGUUACUUCAUGGGAACGCCGUGUGAGACUGAAGAUCUGCCCACAUAGAUCAAGGAGUAACUGUAACUGUUCUGUUUUGUUUUCGUCCUGGGCCUUUGUUGAACAGGUUAUUUACACAUUCAGAGCCUCUCUUCUAAAGCCUGUUCCAUAGUGUACUCAAGAGGUAGCUCUCUCUCUCUCCUGCCACACUUAUUAGCUGCCACGCCUUCAGUGCUGCGUUCUGCCAAAGUUCCUGAAAGUUAUUAGAGAGACUAGAGUGCUUUUUGUUCGAAUGCUUUCAACAUAUACUUCUGACAUCUCGCUACACAAAAUGGAAAUGUUCAGAAUAGCAGAAAAUGCUGUUAUUUGCAAACAGCGAUCCAUAAGCUAGUUAAGUCAGGCUGUGUAAAUAUAAAGUCAGAAACAUUCCUGCUAUGAUCUUGACCGUUGGUGCUUCAGCUCAUUAUAAAGAGUGCUGUGUGGGUUUUGGGUGCUCACCCCAGCACAAAUUAAUUUUAAGUGGUUAAUGAUUAGGGGAUCUAAAACCCUUUGUUCUGCUCCUCUCUCUCUUUUUUGCAAGUCCUCCUUUAUAGCUUUUAUGAAUUGUUCUACUUGACUGUUUGGCUUUGAUGAUGUAAAUAGGCUGUUUGCUUGAUCACAUAUACUUUGAUGCCUUGGGGGUGGAAAGCUGCUGUUGGCUUUGCAGAUGAAACAAUGGAUUGGUGGACGGCUCAACUCACUUCCUCAUGGCUUCCAAAACAAAAGCGUCCUGAUAGGAAACAGAGGCAUUUUAGAACUUUGGGAAUAGGACGGGUGAAGAACCAUGUUACAAAAUGUUGACUAAAGCUGCAAUUCUUAUGCCACACAACCAGGGAACAAGUCUUGAUAGAAUUUACUUCUGAGUAGCGAUGAACCGGAUUGCACUGUAAAAUGUGCUAUUAGCUGUAAGGAGUAUUCAUAGCCGGGGCUGUGUGUGUGUGUGUGUGUGUGUGUGUGUGUCUUCCUUGUCAAGUACACCUUUAAAAUAGUUUAAAAUAGUUCAGAUACCAAGCUUUGUUGUUUUGUAUUCCCCAAAGCACUCUCCUUCGAAGUGUUCUCCUAACUUGCGGCUGAAUUCUCAAAGUUGCUUUGCUCUUCUUUCAUACCUGUUGUUUGCAGGUAGUUAUUAUUCAUAUUUGCAGCACAUAAUGGCUGCAAUCUAUAGGAAUUGUUUGCAAUAUUUUGAUUUGUCUGUGGGAUUCUUUUGGAGCAGGAGUCCCAUCUUCGCCAAUUUGGUUAUUUUGCAUAGCUGCUUGAAAGGAAAUCAUAAGAAAUGGAUGGGUAAAGAUUCUCCUUGAUAAUUACGGCAACAACAACAACAACAACAACACACAUUUGAUUCCUUGCAGCAAAAUAGAAAAUAGUCACAGAGAGUUAAGAGGGAUGGUUGCUCUGAAAUUUUGAGAUAGCUCAGUUGAUAGAGCAUGUGACUCGGGAUCAUGGGUUCGAGUCACAAGUUGGAAAAAAGAAUCUGGCAUUGCAGGGGGUUGGACUAGAUAGCCCUCGUGGUCCCUCCCAACUCUACAAUUCUAUGAUUCCAUGCCAGUGUUUGUGGUCACCUUCACUUUCAGGCCUCAAUGAAAAAAAUGACCUGAAGAGGGCUGAAUAUAUGCUUCAACAGGCAGACAAACUGGGCUGCAAACAGUUUGUGACUCCUGCUGAUGUGGUUGCAGGCAAUCCUAAACUUAACAUGGCCAUCAUUGCAAAUCUCUUUAAUACGUACCCUGCCCUGCAGAAGCCCGAAAGCUCUUCUUAUGAUGUCAGUUUACUGGAAGGUGAGCUAAGGUAACAAACACUGAUAGUGACAUUAGAGAAUGAUGAAUAAUGCUCAAUUAUUUCAUAUUGGGAUGUUCAGAAUUUCCUUGAUAUUUAGCCAGUGUGGUGUAGUGGUAGUCUCGUAAUCUGGUGAACCAGGUUCGCGUCUCCGCUCCUCCACAUGCAGCUGCUGGGUGACCUUGGGCUAGUCACACUUCUCUGAAGUCUCUCAGCCCCACUCACCUCACAGAGUGUUUGUUGUGGGGGAGGAAGGGAAAGGAGAAUGUUAGCCACUUUGAGACUUCUUCGGUUAGUGAUAAAACGGGAUAUCAAAUCCAAACUCUUCUUCUUCUUCUUCUUCUUCUUCUUCUUCUUCUUCUUCUUCACUAUGCUCUUUCUUGCAGUUAUUGCCUAUCUCUUGUAAAGGAUAGAAACAUACACUAAGCUACCUUCAGCAACAGCAUUCCUCUAGGUCAGGCCAGUCCAACUUUUCAUACCAAGUGGACUGCAAGAGUACUUAAACAUGGAAUUCAUAGCCGGGGCUGUGCGUCUUCCUUGUCAAGUACACCUUUAAAAUAGUGCCUUAUAGUGAAGCCGAAAGGGAAAUAGGUGUGAGGCUCUGGCAGGGUCCUAGAGCCCUCCUACCUUCUUCCCAAAGCUGGGAAAGUUCUAAACUUUGGCAAGGAGAUAGGAUGACUCUGGGACCCUGUUAGAGACCUCAUGUCACCUUCUCAAAGACCCUGUUAGAGACCUCAUGUCACCUUCUCAAAGCCCAGGAGGGCUGUUGGUGGGGAAGGGGGUAUCAAAUGUUGCUGAGAGCGCCAAAACAGUCCUUGAGGGAUGUCUUGUUUGGUGCCAUUAUUGUACCUUUAGUAACAUGUUGUUAUCUUCUUAGUUAAAAGAGUGAAAGUUAAUAUAGAGCUAAGAGUAGCGUUCGAAAUUCGCCAGGUGCCAGUUACAUUUUGCAUCUGGCUAUUGGCCACUCGCAGCCAAGUGAAGAUGUCUGGGCACCAGGAUGUCACCGGACGCCUCCACCUUCUGGAGGUGUCAUAGCUGAGGAUCCUUGGAUCUGGACUGUUUUAACACACUAAUACCCCAUCCUGUAGAAUUCUAUAUUUUAUCUGCAAAAUCAGAAUGAAUUUCAGGAACCAAAAAGUCAUGUUUUUCAAUAUGGCUUUCUAGCCCCCUGAUCCCAAAAUGGCAAGUAGGCAUUUCUGUUUUGGUGGCUGCAACCCUCUUCCUACACUUGAGUAGGACCCUGGCAGAGACACAUGCCUGACUGGCAUGUUCUCUCCCUCCUGGUCUUCCUUCAAAAGCUUUCUUCAGCCCGAACAUCACAGCGACCGAUGCCAACAGACACCGGCACACUCGGGGAUCCGCAGAGUCUUUGCAGCUUGCGUAACAGACCUCAGCAACUCAGCAUUUUGGCUAAUCUACUUUAUUUACAUAUAAACACACAUGGAGCACUGCAACAUGGCUCCCUCUCUCUCUAGCAUCAGACAGCAAAGAGAAAGGACAAAGGACAAUAGUCCCACUUCACGGAACACAGUAACACAAACAUCAUGUCUCUGUCACUUCCCACUCUGUGGAAUCAAAACAUACACCGUCAUGUGAUAGACAACAAUCCUAUGACUGCAAUCACGGAGCAGGAAUUCUAACAGUUUAUGCAGCCAUUUGGCACCUAGCUUACAUAUCUGAGUUUCUAACACUGGCUAAGUGUAAAAAUACUGUAUUUUAUUUUAUUUUUUAAAAAUUGGAUCAUUGCUACUGAACACAAAUUAGGGAUUUUUCUGAGGGCAGGGACUGUUUUACUCCUGAUUUUUGUAAUAAACUCUGGGGGCCUUUUGGAUAAAUGAUUUGAAUACUAUAUAGGGCAAGCUCUCUCCAUCCCUCUGUCUGUUCCCAUAAAGCUUCCCUUGUUUAUUUUUUCCUGUGAUGUAAGUGGUGCCUCUCAUAAGGCAUUAUGUUUGUCUUUCCAGUAAUCUUAUGAUUAAAUGAUGAGACACUUCCAAGCUGUUACAGAUCCUGUUGCAGAACAUUCAGGUUGCCAAGGAUGUGGUCCAUGUGUUUACUUUCUGUACAGGACGUUUGAGAGGACACACGUUUUACUAGUAAGCUUAAUGUUCAGAGGCUACCAAAACCUGACUGUAGAAUUGUUACAGGAAAAAGCAGAAGAUAAACCUGAAGCUUGACUAAUUUCUUGCCAGAGAUUGCAUUGGAGUUCCAUUGCUACCCUUUUUAAUGUGGAAUUUUAAGAUGAAUUUUUCUUCUUAUCUCAAAAGGGGAAAUAUUUACAGUGGUACCUCUGGUUACGUACUUAAUUUGUUCCGGAGGUCCGUUUUUAACCUGAAACUGUUCUUAACGUGAAGUACCACUUUAGCUAAUGGGGCCUCCCGCUGUGCCACCGCCGUGCGAUUUCUGUUCUCAUCCUGUUCUUAACCCGAGGUACUAUUUCUGGGUUAGCGGAGUCUGUAACCCAAAACGUAUGUAACCCAGGGUACCACUGUAAUGGCAUUUUGGGUGAAAUCAUGUGCCUUUUGCAAAUCCUAUCUGGUUUUUGUGGACCUCUCAAGGGGGAGCGCUGUGGAGACACGGGUGGCACUGUGGAUUAAACCACAGAGCCUAGGGCUUGCUGAUCAGAAGGUUGCGGUUCGAAUCCCCGCAACGGGGUGAGCUCCCAUUGCUCGGUCCCUGCUCCUGCCAACCUAGAAGUUUGAAAGCAUGUCAAAGUGCAAGUAGAUAAAUAGGUACCACUCCGGCGGGAAGGUAAACGGCAUUUCCGUGUGUUGCUCUGGUUCGCCAGAAGCGGCUUAGUCAUGCUGGCCACAUGACCUGGAAGCUGUAUGCUGGCUCCCUUGGCCAGUAAAGCGAGAUGAGCACUGCAACCCCAGAGUCGUCCACGACUGGACCUAAUGGUCAGGGGUCCCUUUACCUUUACCAAGGGGGAUGCAUGAGGGCAACUGAACUACUUCACUUGGCCCAAAAGAGCAAAUAGCUGCAGCUCUUCCAGCAGUGAGACUAGUGUUUCAGCCAUACUAGUGUUUCACCCCCAAACCAGUUUUAUUGCUGAAUGUGAACUGCAGAUUUUAAGAAGUAAAAUCUUCCCAAGAACAUCUAGCAACAGAGUGUUGAGGACAUCGACCUCCUGAUUGCAUCUGUCCUAUACACUUAAGGUCACUUCAUUUUUGAAAUCUUUGUUUUAUAUACACUAAAAGUGGGGGAGGGGAGGAAAGUACUCUGUGAAUAUUUGACUUAGCACCUACUCUUCCUGUUCAGGUAAAAUUCCCAGUGUAGUCAAAUUUCAAAAGUUAGCAGAUCUGUAAAUUUUGGGUGAGUUGUUUGUUUCUUUUCUUAACAAGGUGGCUAUUGGGUGGUAUUUUAAAAGAAGUUACAUUAUUGUUAUCUUUUCUUCAUAAUAAUCAGAACUCUGCGUGAGCGUGUUCCAUGUUGUGUUUGUGUGUGCAUGUGUGCAUACAUAUUAGGUUGCUUUGAAAAUGUACAAUUCUUUUAAACUCUGUCUCCUGACAGACCUAUAACUGUCCAGUAUGUUUUCUUGAGAAAUAUAAUUUGCUGUGCUUUAUUGUGGGCUGUGGUUUUUUUGGGUGUGGGUCAUAAAAGCGGGAGGUUGGUGGUGUCAAAAACAGGGGAAAAAUGAAAGGUGGGACAUGGAAUGAGCCCAGCACAUCAAGAAAAUGAUGGAGAGAUUGACAAGGGAAUGAAUGAUCAUUCAGUUCACAUUUGGAUUGAAUGAAGGGCUAACGAAACAAAAAACACCAAGACAGCAAUGUGUACUCAGUGCUCAAAAGGGUGUGUGUGUGUGUGUGUGUGUGUGUGUAUGUGUGAACAACCCCUGACUUGCAGCGCCCACCUAUGCAAGCUUAUUUAAAGGUAAGCCCCAGUGUGUUCAGUGAGAUUUACUCCUAAGCAGUGCUGUUUUUCUGGAAAAAGGCGUGCUGGAACUCAUCAUGAAUGCCUCCCUUGUUCUCUUAUAAUAGCAAUGGCGCCCACCUGAGAGGUGCGGGAACUCAGUUCCAGUGAGUUUCGGCUGAAAAAAGAAGCCCUGCUGCUAAGUAAAUGUGUAGUCUUAAAGUAUUCUUCCUAUUUUGUUUUCGGCUUCCGUCAUAUGCAGGUAGAGGCUGCUAUAACUGAAACUAGCAAAUGUCAGUUAGUGUGAUGGAUAAUCCAUCCUUUGAUACGCAUGACUGAGACCAUAGAGACAGACAGCAGAAAUAAAUGAACAGUUGUUCUUAAUACAUUUUGUGAAUCGGCACCUGUGAUUGUUUGCCCGCCUCAAGCCUUCUGUUGAACAAUCGGUGCCACAUAAUUGUGAAUGACUAGUUUAAUUAUUAAAGGACAUAUAACCGCAAAACAUGUUGCUACGUAUAAGUGCACUUGUAUAACUGUGUGCAUAACUUGCUCAGUCAAGGGAAUUGUACAGCAGUUAGGGUUACAAAUCUCACAAAGUUGCUCCUUGUCUUGAUCCCUGAGAAAGACGUUUCUGAAUUCCUAUCUGCUGAUUAGUCAAGACAUUUUAGCCAAAGGUAAAACCUAUCUACCUCUUUAGAGAUACUCAUAAGCAUGAGACUUUUAAAGUGGCCAGAGCUCUUGGCCUAUUCUGUGCCUUUUUGUUUAUUAUUAUUAUUGUUGUUGUUGUUAUUAUUAUUAUUAUUAUCUGCAGUUGCAGUUUUGAUUAGAUUCAAGCCAUCCAACUUUGCAUUAAAUGCAUUAAAUGUACUAGGGGUACCUAUGCAUAUGAAUUUGUACUUACAAAUUUUUUAUAUGUGCAAAUUAUUAUUAUUAUUAUUAUUAUUAUUAUUAUUAUUAAACAAAUUGCUUCAAAGUGCACUGUGUUUGUGAGAUUCCAGCCAUCCACCUAUGCAUUAAAUGCGUAGGUACCAGAGGCAUCUAUGCAUAUAAAUUUGUACAGUGGUACCUCAGGUUAAGUACUUAAUUCAUUCUGGAGGUCCGUUCUUAACCUGAAACUGUUCUUAAACUGAAGCACCACUUUAGCUAAUGGGGCCUCCUGCUGCUGCUACACCACCGGAGCACGAUUUCUGUUCUCAUCCUGAAGCAAAGUUCUUAACCCGAGGUACUAUUUCUGGGUUAGUGGAGUCUGUAACCUGAAGCGUAUGUAACCCAAGGUACCACUGUACAUACAAAUGCAAAAUAGCAUCAUGGGCUGUGUGCCCCAACUCUUUCACCUAUCUAGCAACUCCUCCACCCCACCCAGUGGGUGAGCAGCCAAGAUUAUUGGCAUGUAAUCUGGUAUUGAUGGAUAGUGUAAUAUCCUUACUAACCUUUAUUUGGUUGUUUGAUCUGUCGUAAGGCAACGUUGCUCUACAAUAACGGCUUGAUACAAAUUCAUUAUUCCAGUGGGUAACAGUUAUGAUAUGCAACAAAAGCACAGGAAGUCUUUUGACACCUGGGAAUUUUAUUUGUUUAUUUUUAUUUUAAAUCUUGUAGGAUGGUCUUCCAUGGGCCACAGCCCACUUCAUUAAACACACUAAAGUCUUGCCCUCAGUCAGCAGAUUGUCUGCAUGGAAGAAUGAUGGAAUAGGGAGCAAAAUGUUAUUACAAACGAGACCAGAGGGCCUAGCAGCCCCAGUGUGUUGGCCUGGGAUUUGGACUCAGAGGCUGAACCUGAGGAAUCCCAGCCUGCACAGAAGUCCCCGCCUCCAGAACCAGCUGAGCCGGGGCUGGGGCCUGAGCCUGAAGAGUCCUCACCUUAGGUGCAGGCACCAGCUGAGUCUGCUCUGGCUCCUGAGGUGAUGGAGGACCCAUUGCCUGCAGGUGCUCCACUCUCAGCCCCAUCAGGGGAAGAGGAGGUUGCUUCUGGGUCCGGUAACCCUCCAGCCUCUCCUGAGCUCCAGCCUCUCCAGAGGCUCAGGGCAGAGAGGCGGAGGGAACUAAGUUCCUACAGGAGGAGUGCUCACCUCCAGGCCAGGAGAGGCGAGUCACCUGUGGACCGGGGCUGCCCUAUGCCUUGGGGCAGAUAAAAGCCAGUCAGCCCCAGUCCCAGGUUGCGGGAGCAACAUUGUUGGUAGCCUGUUCCUGCCUGAACCCUGUCCUGCUCCUCUGCCAGAGUUCCUGACCUCACCUGACUCCCUGCCUUGGACCCUGCCUUGCCUUUGAUGGACAGCCUCCAUACCGGACCCUUGAUCUUGGACUGGACUCAUACCUCGCCACACGGUUGACCCUCGGGACCAGCACACCUAGAGUUAGUAGCAGAUGUGUCAAAGUAUUAUUUAGAGCACUAAGGACAAGGAGAAUCAGUCAAAAAGAGUAAAAGAUCCAAUGUGCUGAGUCUUCGCCUUCCUGUUUAUAAAAUAUCAGCUGUUAACCCCAUGAUAUUUUAUAUAAAAGGGGUAGAGGGGGAGUUUUGCUGGGGUGGCAAGGCGGGAUGAAAAUGGUGAGAUAGGGAUUGAGAGAGAAGAGAGAAGGUGGGGACAGAAAUAGGGGGCUGCCCUCUGCCUGCCACCCCCAUUUUUAUAAGGACAAAUUACCAUUACAGAUUAUAUCAAUUGAUGCAUGUCUAAAGCUUAUUUUCCCUUUCUCUUAAUAGUAGAAAUGUCUAAGAGCAAGAAGUCAUUGAUUCUUUCACCUGUUGGGAAUGAUCAAACCAGACAAUAUGCAGUGAGUCACACAAUACUUUAAUGAGCUUGUUGGGGAUUUAUUUCUAGAAUCUGGUUAUCAUCAGACAUGACCAGACGCAUUGUGCAAAACCCAUUGGCUUGUCUCUUUGUCCAACGGAAAAGGGCUGUAGUGGCAAAUAUUUGCAGAGCAAGAUAAUCUCUGGGAGGUAAUGGCCCUGCUUUAGAAAGUGCCAUUGUUGAGACCAGUCAAAACUCACUUCAUCACUCACUAGUGAUUAAUGAAGCCAAAUUCUUUAAGUUAGUUACAUGUUGGCAUUUAUGUUCUCCUUAUAAGAUUACGUGAAGAAGUAGAGUUUCAGAGGUGAUAUGACUAUGUACUGUCUUUUGUUUCAAUGCUUGGUAAGAUCUCAGAAGCCAUAGGAAUUUCUGGAGAAGUUUUGGAGUAGUUUGAAAGGAUCACAGUGUUCAGGUAGCAUAUUGGGUCUUUCCAGCAGUAGGAUAAAUUAGGCAAAAUAGUAAAAAUGGCAGAAUAAAUUAGACAAAUUUACCCAGGGAAAGUUAAGCACUUCUAAGACCUUGUGGUUUCAACAGAGCAUUAAGCACAUCCUUCAAUUUCCCACAGGCUUUUAAACUUUUAACUUUGCAUGAAUUGUGUCCUUGGUUUCUAAAACUUGUAGAAUUCAGUUCUUAUUUUCACAAUUUUGGGCCUCUUUGGUGCAGAAACUAGAUCUGAAAAUAAGCAAGCAGAUAAAUUUUAAUGGUUUCAAUCUUAAAUAGUGAUAGAAAGUCUUACUUUGCUGUAUCAGAACAUAAGGAAAACUGAAUGAGGAGAGAUGAAAUAGGGGAGAGUCCCUUUCUCAUGGCUGUUCCAAACCUUCUCCAGGAAUGCGCAGUAGAGUUUGAGUUCCAGGAAAGAUGGGGUCAUGAAGGAAAGAGACCCCCAUGUUCUAAAACUCCCGUAAAUAUUUCAGAGGUACUAUAGCCAACUGGACGCGGGUGGCGCUGUGGGUUAAACCACAGAGCCUAGGACUUGCCGAUUGGAAGGUUGGCGACGGGGUGAGCUCCCAUUGUUCGGUCCCUGCUCCUGCCAACCUAGCAGUUCGAAAGCACGUCAAAGUGCAAGUAGAUAAAUAGGUACCGCUCCAGUGGGAAGGUAAACGGCGUUUACGUGUGCUGCUCUGGUUCGCCAGAAGCAGCUUAGUCAUGCUGGCCACAUGACCCGGAAGCUGUACGCCGGCUCCCUCGGCCAGUAAAGCGAGAUGAGUGCCGCAACCCCAGAGUCGGCCACGACUGGACCUAAUGGUCAGGGGUCCCUUCACCUUUACCUUACUAUAGUCAACACACAUUGUGGACUUCCAAAUGUUCCCAAAAACCUGGUUUAUCUUCGAAAGCUUUAAAGGUUGGAAAUGGGGGAAAUCCUUGCAUCUGCUCACUGGUCAUAGUGGGGAGAUAGAGGUUGUCAUCCUGCCACGACUUGGGAAGGCAGGUAAUGUUUGCAUGGUGAUUAAUGCAAAAGUACACUUUUUAAAGAAAGGGAUGGGUUUUUGGUCAUAGUUGGUAUAACUAAAUCCUAUUUGAUCAGCAUUGCAAUUUCAAUGCAAUGAUUAGAGAAAACCCUACAAAGCCAGGAAAUGGGAAGCUAAGGCUGAUGAUGCCUUAACAAAUGCAAAUACCGUAUUUUUCGCUCUAUAACACGUACCCGACCAUAACACGCACGUAGUUUUUAGAAGAGGAAAAUCCGUAGGCAUGCCACCUGUAGGCAUUCCCUCCAUAACACGCACAGACAUUUCCCUUUACUUUUUAGGAGGAAAAAAGUGAGUGUUAUGGUGCAAAAAAUACGGUAUAUUUUGCAACGUUGUAAUCACAAGCUGUGCUUAAUUACAACUUAACCUUCCACAACAACUUUUCCUUGGUCUUUCAGACCCAAAUCCAGGUGAGGCAGAUGAAAUGUCAGGAACCAGCAAAGAUGCACUAUGUUGCUUUAUGCAACAUCUGAGCUGUACUGUAUUGCUAGGGGAAACCUCCUGUGUGUUGACUUAUGUCUGUUUGUCAUUUACAUCAAUAAUUAACAGGAUGGAUUAAACAGAGGGGGGCAGGUGCCGUUCUGUCACUUUCCCCCCAUGCUUAUCCUGGCUCACGGCAGAGGAUGUAUUUGUGUGGCACCACAAAUGUGUGGGGAACCUGUUCUGGUGGUGGCUAGAGGGCCACGUCUUUAUUCCCCUCACCCAUGAUGGGCCAAAGUUAACAGGUGAGCAGGGCUGCCUACCUGCCAAUCAACUGACAUCAUAGUGACGUUACCCCAGAGAUGCUACCCGGUUGUCAGGACUUGAAAAGCCAACAGCAGGACUGUCAAGCAGCCCUUUGAGAGCAUACCAACACAGGGAAGUUUACAAAGAAGGGCCCCACAUUGCUUCUUUAAACCAUGGGUAUUUUAAGAAGAGGGAUGAGGGUGGCGCCGUGGGUUAAACCACAGAGCCUAGGACUUGCCGAUCAGAAGGUCGGCGGUUCGAAUCCCCGCAACGGGGUGAGCUCCUGUUGCUCUGUCCCUGCUCCUGCCAACCGAGCAGUUCGAAAGCAUGUCAGAGUGCAAGUAGAUAAAUAGGUACCGCUCUGGUGGGAAGGUAAACGGCGUUUCCGUGCGCUGCUCUGGUUCGCCAGAAGUGGCUUAGUCAUGCUGGCCACAUGACCCGGAAGCUGUACGCCGGCUCCCCCGGCCAGUAAAGCAAGAUGAGCGCCGCAACCCCAGAGUUGGCCACGACUGGACCUAAUGGUCAGGGGUCCCUUUACCUUUACCUUUAUUUUAAGAAGAAGCCGGGAGAGUUUGAGGGAUGCUCUCAGCUACCCAUCAGUUGAUGGGACAGAAGUGUGCCUUAAAACACCCUCUACAGUUCAAAGAAGAAGCAGGGAGUGAGGCUGGAGGCAGCAGCAUGUCUUUCUUGAUCAGUGGAACAACUUUUAAAUCUCACUCUUGCCUUUCCCACACCUGGUGUCUUUUCUGACACCAGAGGGGUGUGUGUGUGUGUGUAUGAAGGCUACAUUUGGUCCAUGGGUCAGAUGUUCCCGAGUCCCGCACUACAGGAAGAUUAAAUGUAACAAGAAGCUUCUUAUUCUGGAUUUGGAACUGCAGCACAGUGAAAAGAGAAAUCUUCACCCGCUUGCAUGUUGAUAUUUUUGCCAGCAGUUAUAUACUGCAAAGCAUCUUUGGCAGCUGAGAUUCUUGGUGGAAAGAAAACAGGCUGGGCAAUAAAACCACCCUUUUCCAGCAAUGCUGUUUCUUUAUUUAAGACUGCACCUCCCAACACCACUUCACAACAGAAAAUGUUUGUAUGCCAUGGUUUGUGAGCUUGGCUGUCUAAACCAGUGUUUUUCAACCACUGUUCCGCGGCACACUAGUGUGCCGCGAGAUGUUGCCUGGUGUGCCGUGGGAAAAAUUGAAAAAUUCGAAAGAUUUUUUAAAAAAUAAAAUUCAAAUUUUCGCCCACUAGGCGGGGGCCGGACUGUGUCCUGGGUAUGGGGGGUGGGGUUUUUGACCCCACCCUUGGGCAGCAGGGGCACUGAUUGGCGCUCCUCAGGGGGACACCCUCCACUUUUCUGAUGUCCGGGGUGUGAUUGGUCCAGACUCCAGCCUGGACCUAUCACAGUAGGACAUCAUCUUCCGACUUUCUUCCCGCCCGAACACAGUGUGUGUCUUUCUUCGAUUCCAGCCAGAAUAUCAGCUUUGUGUUCAGCCAAACAGGCCCAGGUUUCACACUGAAUGAAGUAUUUUAUAAUUUUUCAUAUUUCUGUUUACUUACUAUUUCAUAAUAAAGUAAUUAUAAAAUACUUUCUUUGUGUUUAUUUGAUUCCUAUUCAAGAGAAUUACUUUAUAUAUAGUCAAUAUAGGCACAGAGUUAAAUUUUUUAACAUUUUCUAAUGGUGGUGUGCCUCGUGAUUUUUUUCAUGAAACAAGUGUGCCUUUGCCCAAAAAAGGUUGAAAAACACUGGUCUAAACUAUAUGCAGGGGUGGUGAGCAGUGAUUUUGAGCAAGUACAGGUUGCUUGGUUUAUAUUACAGUGCAUUUGAAGGCCAGUACCUCUCUCCCCCCCCCCAAAAAAAACCACCCACCCACCCAACACUCACAAUAAUUGUGGGAUAAGAGAAUAAAUAAUUCAGGCUCUGUGUAAUGUACUGUGCUGAAUAAUAUUGAACUUGACAGUCUUGACAUAUAGUGGCUUUUAAAUGCCAGAAAAGGUCUGCAGGUCUUGCAGUCAAUGGAAUUGCCUUUAGAUUCUCUUGCCUUGCAUUCCUUUUGCAAUUUUCCUAUCUCGGCACUGGAAACCUUCUCCAAUGUAGAUGGAGCUUCUUUAGCUCUGCAUUUUCACAAGGUCCGCUGGAAGCAAUUACAAAGCAUUUCCAUACAAACAACAAUGCUAGUUUAUGAGGUCUUCAGGUUGGAACUAAAUUAUCAUGUUAUUCUACUUAAGAGCUGGUUUGGGGUGUUGUCGCUAGCUCCCUUGUGCAUUUAACUCCUCACAUGAACAGCGUAACACAGGGAAACAAAGGAGGAUGUGUGCUAUUUUGCAGAUCUCCUUGGCUGAAGAGGAUGUCCAGUGAAACAGCCGAUUAAAGUUCUAAGAAGCUUGUCCACCAAUGUUACAUUGUUCAUGGGAGUGGAAUAGAGGUGGACAACUAUUUCAUUCCAUGAAGCCAUAUGUGAUGGUGGGUGGGACUUGUACUGGGUGGGGGGUAAAUUCAUAGACAUUCAUAUAGGCAUACCUCCCCAUUUGUGUACCAUUUUCUCUUGACAAAAUUACAUUUCUCCAGUUUGCCAAACAGCUUUUGGGCAGGCUGUGGAGAACAUAACUUUUUGUGGGUGCAUUAUUAUUAUUAAUAUUCCGCCUAUCUAACUGGAUUUCUCCAGCCACUCUGGGCGACUUCCAGCAGUUAAAACAUUAAGCACAGUAAAAUAUCAAACAUUAAAAACUUCCAUAUACAGGGCUGCCUUCAGAUGUCUUCUAAAAGUCAGAUAGUUGUUUAUUUCCUUGACAUCUGACUGGAAGGCGUUCCACAGGGCAGGGAUGACUACUGUGAAGGCCCUCUGCCUGGUUCACUGUAACCUCACUUUUUGCCAUGAGGGAACCGCCAGAAGGCCCUUGGAGCUGGACCUCAGUGUCUGGGCUGAAUGAUGGGGGUGAAGACGCUCCUUCAGGUAUAUUGGGCCAAGGCUGUUCAGGGCUGUAAAGGUCAGCACCAACACUUUGAAUUGUGCUCGGAAACAUACUGGGAACCAGUGUAGGACUGGUAUUAUUCAGCCCUGGCAGCUGCUCAUUCUCUGAUGAUCAAGCAAAUAUGUAUUUAUGGAGGCAGGCACCUGACCUUAUAAAAAGCUGAAUGAAUGACUUAAUGAACGAUGUUUUGGCCGCUGUCAAUAUGUUGCCAUUUGUUCAAGCAGAUUGCUUGAUGGCUGUUGUUAGGGAUUUUUCUACCUGCCUGGUUUUAGGUGUUUAAUUCUCGCUUGGUAUUUUGGUCUCUCUUUUACUGUCGUCAGCCACCUUGAGCACCCUCUGGUGGGACUGAAACUGAAAAAAGAAACAGAGAAUCCUGUGUGGGUGUGUAUCAAGAGAGAAAGCUCUGUGCACAGGCCUCAAUUAUGGCUCCUCUUUUGACCUUCAAGGAAUGCGUUUUACCUCUCCAAGGACUGUGCGAUAAAAUGACAAACAAUGCUGGGAAAGCAGAUGGGGAAAAGUGUUCAUUCCUCUUAAAUAUUAAAACUCAGUGGCAUUAAACGAAGCUAAACUUUGGGAGACUCGGUACAGAUGAAAGAUGCACAGGGCAUAGUUAAACUAUAGCAUUUGCUCCCAGAAGAGGCAACGAUGUCCACCAUCUUGGCUGGGUUUAGAAGAGGAUUAGACAGGGAUAGUGGGUAAAGACCUGUAAAACAUAUUUUUAUGUAUGCGGCAACGGCGGCAAGAGUCUUAAUAGCACAAGGAUGGAAGAAUGAGGAAAUCCCGACGAAAGAACUGUGGCAAGAAAAACUGAUGGAUUAUGUGGAAUUGGCAAAACUGACACACAAACUACGUGAUAAGGAUAACUGUUACUCCAAAGACGAAUGAGAACCUUUUAUGAAAUAUUUGAAGAAGCAACAAAAUGAACUGGACUCUUUGGCAGGUUUUGAAUAAACAUUCCCAAACUGUUUAUUGUAAGAUAUAGAUAGACAACUUGAGGAUUUUUACAAUUUUAUAACAUGCAGAUAGAAAUAUGUGUUGAGAAACCAGAGAAAGGAGCUGAGGGAAGUCCGGGGCUGGGGUGGGAGGUUGGGGGGGGGUUGUUUUGUUUAGGGGGGGAGGGGGAAAAUGGAGAGGAAAAUAAUAAUAAUGUGGAUGAUGUAUUUUUGAUAAAACUAUUGUGUUGAAGGGACGCAGGUGGCGCUGUGGGUAAAACCUCAGUGCCUAGGACUUGCCGAUCGUAUGGUCGGCGGUUCGAACCCCCGCGGCGGGGUGAGCUCCCGUCUUUCGGUCCCAGCUCCUGCCCACCUAGCAGUUCGAAAGCACCCUUAAGUGCAAGUUGAUAAAUAGGGACUGCUUUAUAGCGGGAAGGUAAACGGCGUUUCCGUGUGCUGCGCUGGUGCCGGCUCGCCAGAGCAGCUUCGUCACGCUGGCCACGUGACCCGGAAGUGUCUCCGGACAGCGCUGGCCCCCGGCCUCUUAAGUGAGAUGGGCGCACAACCCUAGAGUCGGACACGACUGGUCCGUACGGGCAGGGGUACCUUUAUUGUGUUGAAAUUUCCAAUAAUUAAAAAAUAGAAGAGGAUUAGACAAAUUCAUGAAGGAUAUGUGUAUCAGGGCUUCUAACUGAUGACUAUGCUUUACCUCUGCUACCUGAGGCAGUUGGCCUCUGAACACCCUGAAUUCUGGGAACUGUAGAUGGGAAUAAUGCUGUCCUGCUUGAGUCAUGAUUGAGGGCUUCUCAUAGGCAUGUGGUUGGCCUUAUCAGCAGGCGUUUCUUAUGUGUAUCCUAGAGCAAUAUGAAGUCCAUAAUUUUUAGGGUUCAUCGGAAUUGCCUGGAAAUUUGAGUUGAGGAAAACAGGAGAGCUGGACCUAGAUUGGCGCUCUUCUCUGACAGGCAGUGCCCAAAUGCACGCUGCUUGUUCCAUAGGCAAAGAAUCUAAAUAAUUUGUUUGCUUGUUUUUAAUUUAUUUAAUCAUUUUUUCAACAACCGCAAAAGACACAUACAACAGAAACCAUAAUAACACUACUAACACAAUUUGACAAUUCAACUUUGAAUACUGAUAUACCUAUGACUACACCUUUUAAACAAUAUUUCCCCAACUCUCCUCCUCCUAUUUCCCACCAUUGUCCGCCUUAUUGCUUAAAUAUUCCUUCCAGAUUUCUUCAUAUUUAUACAUUCUUAAUUUGUGUUGGCAUGCAGUUCGUUCAUAUGUAGCUAGUCUGUCCAUAUUAUCAAUCCAUGUGCUCAAUGGAAUCUUUUUGCGGCUCUUCCAAUUCAUCAAAACAAGUUUUUUUUUGCUUCUAUUAUGGCACGGUACAUACAUUCUUUUGACCCCUUGUAAUCUCCCACGUUUCCAGAAUAUAAUUUAGAAUUAAAUUCAAUUCCCCUAAAUAACAAUUUCUUUUUAUUACUCUUGCUAUAACUAUCCUCACCUCACACCAAAAUGAUUUUAUCAUCGGACAUUUAAUCAUCAUAUGUACUAAGUUAACAUUUUUACUCCCCCAUCUCCAGCAGUUGUCUGCACUUGUUAUUUUCUUCUGGUAUAGUUUUGCUGGAGUCCAGUGGACUCUGAAUAUUAUUUUCUGUUGUAUAAGUCUUAUACUAAGAAUCUAAAUAAUUUGUUUCCAAAUUGGCCCAUUGGGUUAUUUGGAAUAACAGGUCUGAUGCAGCAGUGAAAAAGCUAAUGCUAUUCUAGGUGGCACCAACAGAAGGAUAGCGUCCAGAUCAAGGGAAGUAAUAGUACCACUCUAUUCUGCCUUACUCAGACCAUACUUGGAAUACUGUGUCCAAUUCUGGGCACCAUAAUUUAAGAAGGAUGUUGACAAGCUGGAACGUGUGCAACCAAGAAGAUCAAGGGUCUGAAAACUAAGCCUUAUGAAGAGCGCUUGAAGGAGCUGGGUAUGUUAAGCCUGGAAAAGAGGAGACCAAGAGGAGAUAUGAUAGCCAUCUUCAACUAUCUUAAGGGCUGCCACAUGGAGGAGGCAGCAUGCGUCUUUUCUCCUGCUCUGGAGGGUAGGACUCGAACCAGUGGCUUCAUGUUACAAGAAAGGAGAUUCCAACUAAACAUUUGGGAAAACUUUCUGACAGUAAGAGCUGUCAGGCAGUGGAACAGAUGCUCACAAGAGGUGGUGUGCUCUCCUUCCUUGGAGGUUUUUAAACAGAGGUUGGAUGGCCAUCUUUCAGGGAUGCUUUAGCUGAGAUUCCUGCCUUGCAGGGGGUUGGACUAGAUGACCCUUGGGUCCCUUCUAUGGAGUUUGAGAAGUUAAUGUUUGCACUGCUUGAUCUAUAUACCCUGAAUGUGUUUUGCUGCAAAUUGUCUAGAGAAUGUUCACUCUUCUGUUGGAUUAUGCAGAGUAGCUGAAAGUACUUUACUUCACAAGCAUAAAUGAAGGUUCCAGUCUUCUGAUUUAAAAACAUGAAUAGUCUUGUGGAAGGGAUUUAGAAUUUUGUUUUGUUUUGUUUUGUUUUUCACUUUGAGGUUGUGGAUUGAGUUUUGUUUUCUUGUUGCAUUUAUCUCACUUUUCAGUUUAUGUAUUCAUGUUUCAUUUUGCAUUCAAAUUGUUUUCAUACUUAUUUCUUGUAAGCUGCCAAGAGAACUUGUGGUGCAGCAUGCAAAUGUCAUAAGUAAGAUGUACAGUACAAAAAUUUAGAAUUGUUCUUAAAUGGUUUCUUUGAGAAUAUGUUAAUGCAUCUGUUGUCUGGUUGGACCAUGUUUCCAUUUUGUCUCUGCCUUGUUUAGAUGUUCAGCUUUUAUUGCAACAGGAGUCAAUGCAAAUCUUGUUUCUAACAAGCGUUAGGGAAAGCUUUUUCUCAUGUUAAAAACAGAUUCACAGAACAAUGAUGGUGCCAGCUAUAUAUAGAUGGCGUAGCAGGAAGGUGGAGAGUCAAAAAACAACAAAAAAGCUUGCCACUAUUAAUGAAGCAGAUGUAUACAGCAUUGUUCUUUUGCAAUGGUUAGAAACUCUUUAAACAAACCAACCAAUGUAAAUAAAUCUUUGGUCAGGAGUUGUUAACAGCCACUGUUAGACAUUCCUCAACAGAAAAGAAAUGGGGGAGGGGGACGUCACUCAGAUAUUAUUUAGGCAUAGCACUGGCUCAGUAAUACAAUGGGAUAUUAAAUCUGAAGCCAUUAAAAAGACAACUCUUCAUUACAGUUGUUACCGGAAAAAUCCGAGGGCUCCCUUGGACAAAAACAAAGACACCAACCAGGAUAACUUGGAGCAAAACAGCAGCCUGUAGGCUUGGCCUUUAUUGAACUGUUGCAACAGGGUGUUCCCCUCACUUGCAGGAGAGAGGAAAGACCCAGAAAGAUGGUGUGCAAGACCUUAUAAAAACUUUUGAAAUUCCCAUCCUCUAGGUCAAGCCCACCCCCAGAAACAUCAUGCAUACAUUACAGAAAGGAGGGGUUGAGGGAGGAGUUGUGGUGGUAACCUGAGUGUCCUGUCACCUGGCUGGUUCCUCCUUUCCCCCUGCCCAUGAGUCACUUCCAGGAGACAAAGGGGAGUUGGCAGUUUCCUGCCCCCAGAGGGAAGAUCUGAUCAUUGUCCUUUGUUUCAGUCCAUGCUGAAUCCACUCCCAUAUGCAAGUUCUUUGUGAUCUUGAUGGUCUUCUGUCUAGGACCAUCAGGGUUGGCAUAGCAACUGGGCAGGGCUCCUGUGGAUGUGCUGGGAUGGUGAAGGGAUUAUGGCUGACCAGAACCAAGCCACCCCCCUUUGAUAGUCCUUGUCAUAUGGAGUAAAAUAAAAAUGGAACAGUGCAAAUCCGAUGUAUGGUUGAUUUUUCUAUGAAUUUAUAACAGAAGUGUGGCAUAUGUAGUGUGUGAGUGUGAGUGUGUGAAGUUUGUACAAACUGAAUGAUUGGGGUGGGGGGUUCCUGCUACACAGUGUAUUUGCAUUUAAACAAUAUCAAUGUAAAUAAAACCUUUUAAUAUUAAAGGGCAAAUUUUAGGACUGAAGUAAAAAAAAAAAAAAGUCCCAAGUUUCUUUUUCAAAGGGAAUAUUUUAUGCAAUUGCUUAUACAAAGGGCAUACUUUAGUCUAGUAUUUUACAUUCCACACAUUUUCCCCCCAUGUGAAAUAUGAAAUGUUGAAAGUCUCUCAUAGGUUGAUGAUCCUCAUCCUGUUUAGUUGAAAGUGUAAGUCCCAUGAAUUGGAAUUCAUUUAUUUAUAAACUUUUUUAUAUGUACUGUACUGCUUUUUGGCUCUUGCAAAGGGGACCCUAAAGCAGCUCAUUUAAAAGCAAAAGGGAAAUGGAAUGAAAACAAUCAAAAUACAAUGAAACUGAGAAACAGGAUGAGACGUGCAUCCAAGUAAGUGUACUUGGAGGUGAGAUCAGAAAGAAGCUUGUAGCACAGUAGUUCUCAAACUUGUUUCUCUAGGCCACAAUUUCAGAAUAAAAAUCUGUUCGCGCCUCACCAAUUUUUUUAUUGAUAUGAAAUACUGUAUUUUUUUGUGUAUAACACGCCUCCGUGUAUAAGAUGACCCCUAUUUUUGGGGAUACCAAAUUAAGGAAAUGGGGGGAGAUUGCCCAGAGUUGUGGAGCAUUUUUGGGGGGGAGAUUGCCCAGAGUUGUUGACCCAUCGUCUGCCCGCUUGAUGCAAACAGCCGCCAAAAAUAAUAAUAAUGAAUAAUUAAAAAACCACCGUCUUAUUCAUGGAAAAAUAUGACACGUUGGAAAACAAAGUAGAAGCAAGUUGAAACAGUGAAGGUCUUCAUUUGUUUUUGUAAGUCUGUUCCCUGGUUUUAUGAAGUUAUGUACCCAAUGUUGAGCCAGUUGACAAGAUGCAGCCUAAUUGAUAAGUUUAUGGUGGAAUAUGGCUGGUUCUCUGCAAGCUCCUUUGUUAGUGUGGAAGACGAGGGGGAUAAACCUGGUGCCAGCUUCUGAGAAAAGUUAUUCAGUAUUUUAAAAUUAGAUUCAGUUGAGGAAAGAAAUGUGGCAUCAAAGUUGUUGCUUCAUACGAGUGCUUUUCAACCAGUGUGCCAUGGCACCCUGGGGUGCCUUGAAUGAUGGUCAGGGGUGCCACAGGCAGCACUAGCCUCUCUGCCUCUUUCCUUCCCUCCCUCCUCUGAUGCCCUCUCCUGUCUCUGCCUCCCAAAGGCUUGGACAACUGUUUGUUGCAGCAGCUGCUGCCCAGAGGACUCCCAAGGAAAGGGGAGAGGAGGCUGAGGGACCACUCCACAAGGGAGCGUGCGUGCUCAAAAAAGGGUGAGAGGCUGCCAGAUCUGCAGGCAAAGGGUGACGUAACUGGGCUCCUGAGCCCCACAGGGGUGCCGCAGAAAGAAUGUAGUUGGUCAAGGGAGCCGUGGACUCAAAAAGGUUGAAAACCGCUGGUUUAUACCAUAAGAGUUCCCACAGCAGUGUUAGCUUACCUAUUAAAAGAUCUGGCUCAUGAAAGUAUCUCUUCCGCCUCUUUUUGUUUCAGAAAAAUUGCAAGGGACAGUAUUUCAUUUAAAAAUAAUAAUUGCUCUUUAAAAAACCCACAACAUUUCCCUGGUUGUAUGGUUGGGUAAAAGAGGCUUUUGCCAGAUCUCUGAGAACAGACUUGUAAGUUCCUGUCUUGUAUGUGUGUGUGUGUGUGUGUGUGUGUAGACAUAUACAGUGGUACCUCGGGUUAAGUACUUAAUUCGUUCCGGAGGUCCAUACUUAACCUGAAACUGUUCUUAACCUGAAGCACCACUUUAGCUAAUGGGGCCUCCUGCUGCUGCCGCGCCACAAUUUCUGUUCUUAUCCUGAAGCAAAGUUCUUAACCCAAGGUACUAUUUCUGGGUUAGCGGAGUCUGUAACCUGAAGCGUAUGUAACCUGAAGCAUAUGUAACCCGAGGUACCACUGUAAACACAUCAAAGUCGGAGCGGAAUUACUUUCGCUCGCUUUCCAGAACACUAGCUGUAUUGGUCUCUGGUACUGAAAUAAUUUUUUAUCUACCCAUUUGAGAGCAAAUCUUCCAAACCUGGUGGGGCUUACUUCUGAAUAAACUUGCAUAAGCCUGGGAAUUUUAAUUUGAGGUUGUCAUGAUGAAGAUUGAAGCAUCCUUUAUUUUGAAUUAGUUUAAUCCAUAACACCUUUGCCUGUGGCUCUUCCCACCACCAGUAUUCAUCCCGUAACAGAUUACUCUUGAGGGAAUAUAGCCCUCAGCAGAAAAAAAUGUAUAUACUUCCCGAUCCUGCAAUAGAGUUUUAGCUGUAUUAACUGCUGGUGAACUCAGUUGUAUUUGGACAUGUCAUCAGCCUAACAGCUGGAGAUACUCAGAGUACCUUUGCCCAAGCGAGUUGCCAUCUAUUUGCAUUUUGCACUAGCCGCUGCUACUUAGGGAGUCCAGAUUUUAUCUGCAGUUCAGUGAAAUUCAGACCCAUUUGUUCUCGUGAAACCUAAGUAUGCUUUGGUGUGUGCUGAAGAACAAUACUGGUGCCAGUGAAGAUUUCAAGGAGAUUCAUUUCAGCAAGGAGGACGGAAGAGGGGGGGAAAGGAGGAAAGCUGUGUUUCUUUGAUCUGAUUAUGUCAAAACUGUAAGAGAGCAGAGCAGACAGUCCCUUUUGUGUAAGGUCAAGCGGAGAUCCUUGCAAGGAUGGAGGCCUUGGCUUUCUGAAAUUCUGCCAGAAGCAAACUGGGACAAGGCUUGAAAAAGGAAAACCAGAGUCUUUUCUCCCCAAUGGAUCUGUGAGAUCCUGUUGCAUUGUACUCCACUGUAGGAAACGAACAUUCUUAAUUGAGUAGGAAAAGUACUGGAACAUUAAAAAAAACCUAAUGUGUUACAGCUUUCCAUUGAGAAAUUUUGUUGUUUAGUUGUGUCCAACUAGGCACUCCUGUCCACUAGGCACUCCUGUCUUCUACUGCCUCCUGCAGUUUGGUCAAACUCAUGUUGGUAGCUUCGAAAACACUAUCCAACCAUCUUGUCCUCUGUCGUCCCCUUCUCCUUCUACCCUCCAUCUUUCCCAUCAUCAGUGUCUUUUCCAGGGAGUCUUCUCUUCUCAUGAGGUGGCCAAAGUAUUGGAGCCUCAGCUUCAGGAUCUGUCCUUCCAGUGAGCACUCAGGGCUGAUUUCCUUAAGAAUGGAUAGGUUUGAUCUUCUUGCAGUCCAUGGGACUCUCAAGAGUCUCCUCCAGCACCAGAAUUCAAAAGCAUCAAUUCUUUGGCAAUCAGCCUUCUUUACGUUCCAGCUCUCACUUCCAUACAUCACUACUGGGAAAAAUUUCUCCAUUGAGAAAUAGGCAUCUGUUUAUUCUAGUUUAGAAGGGUGCAGGUUAAACCAGUGAAGAGUCUUCUUUGAGAAGGAAGAAUCUUCCUUGGAAGUUUUUAAGCAAAAGUUGGAUGGCCAUCUGUUGUGGAUGCUUUAGCUGAGAUUCCUGCAUUGCAGGAGGGUGGACUAGAUGGCUCUUGGGGUCUCUUCCAACUCUAUGGGUCUAUGACAUCUAUAAGACUUAACAGUCUUAUUGUGGCACAUGCCAUCCUGGGCCAGUGCCCACUUUGACAGUUGUAUGACGUGUUCUUAGUUGACGGGUUAAGUACAGUAUAUUCAUGAGUACUAAACAAAGCAGAGCAAAAGGUGGAGAAAAAUUAUUACAAGCCGGGAGGCCCAGCAAAGCAAUGAGGUGCAUGUGUCUUUUACUUUAUUGUGCAGGGCAUAAAUGAUAAGGAGAACUAGUCAAAAUGAAUAGAAGCCAAGUUGGUGCAGCCCACCAUCCAACCAGCGAUGAAUUUGCAAAGCCAGAUAAAUAUUGUGUGAACAAGUCUAGAUUGAGACAAUUGCUUCCUGCUCCCUGCAUUGAGCCUAAGUCUGAUAGUGCACAUGAAUUCCAACUUUGGAGCUUAGCUUCCUUAAAUACCCUUGUGUUGAAGCACAGCUGCUUUCAAGUCUGUUACAGCAUGUCAUAGAAUUGAGGAGUCGGAAAGGGCACCGCGGGUCAUCUAGUCCAAACCUCUGCAAUGCUGGAAUAUCAACACAUGGUCCCCCAUCCAAUUUGAAUCCAUACUGAACCCUGCUUAGCUCUGCAAAUGUGCUAGCAGUUUUAUUUCUGCGCCACUAGGUUUUUGAGCUUUGCCAUAUGUAAUACCUGAUUUUUGUCCAUUUAUUCUGUUGCACAAAGAUGUUCCUAUUUCAUCAAUAUGUGCAUUGCUGGCAACAAAGUGAUUGCACAGAGCUAUUUUUCACAAUGGAUCUCUGAAAUAUAGUCCACAUGUAUUUGAUUAUCCAAGUUCUAUGUUAGAGUCUGAAAACAUAAACCUUUUGGGGUGUUUAUGGGGUUUUUUUUGUGGGGGAGAGUUAUGUCUUAACAGGAUCCAACACUGCUAUAAUAAAUCAAGGUUUAGAAACUAUCACACCAGCAAUAGAUUUGCAUGCAUCAUAUCCUUUAUACGCUGCUACAGACUUGCUCUUUCCUUCAUAAAGAAGUAUCUCGGCAGAGGUUCAAGAAUUGCAGGUUUAUGGACACGAAAGUUCUUUAUUGUGUUACUAACUUUCUCCUACUUGUUAUUGUGAUGACUUCUGAGAUCCUUCAGUAAACAAACUUGGCUUGACUGUUCAUCCCUCCACCUAAGAAAUUGCAGAGGAGCCUAUAGGAUGUAUUCCCAUUUUAUCAUUGUAGUAGCUUUAUGAAGCAGAUUAGAUCAAGAGAUAGCAAGUUGCAUCUUGUUGCUUCUGAAGACAGGGUCUUUCAUAGAUGCAAUGACCGGCUGCGUCUGAAACGUACUUGGCCCAACAAAUGGUGAUGUCCAAAACCCAGCACUGCAAACCAUUGUUUGCAGGAACCAUGGGAAACUGUAGUUUAAACAACCAGAAAGUAUCCUCUCAAGGCAGGUGUGUGAGAGAAGGGGGAGCACCUCAGCUCAUGACUUGCUCCCAUUCCAACAAACCACAAUUAUUGAACUGGGGACAUUUGAAAUCUGUACCAGGCCAUUAUGUGAAUGAGACCACACUCUCUAUUGGACCAGGCAAAAAGUCUAUGAUCUAUGGGCACAUCAGCAGGAGGGGCUAUGGAUAUGCAGAAUGCAAAACCCCUCCUCUGUUCUUCUGACAUCACACCAUGAAAGAUAGCAAUAGCAAGGGUUGCACCAGUUGACAUACUGUACUUACUUUCAAUACUUACAAAUGGUGACCGAUGUCUCUUUAAAAGGGAGAAGAAAGGAAAGAUUCCUCCCCCAUGUGUGAGGCUGGCAGUGCUUUUGAUUGAAGUUUCUAUGCCACCCCCCUUCCAUCUAGGAUUGCUCUUUUAGUUACAUUGCAAAUCACUUUGAGAUGCCUAAUGGGAAAAGAUUAACAAAAGCUCUGGGAUAGCUCAGUUGGUAGAACGUGAGGCUUUUAAUCUCAAGGUUGUGGGUUCAAGCCCCAUGUUGGGCAAAAGAUUCCUGCAUUGCAGGGGGUUGGACUAGAUGAUCACAGAGGUCCCUUCCAACUCUACCAUUUUAUGAUUCUCUGAAAUAAAGAAGGAAUAUUUCUAGUCUUCAUCCAUAACAAAAACAUUUAUUUCCUGAUAAAGAUGAUCAACAAGAUGUUCUUCUAGGCUGCGUGUGAGCUUUGAGGCUCACUUCAUUAAUUUUGGUCUCAGCUUUGAGAUAUAAUGGGUUCAGGGGUGUUUGACAUUUCCAGCUGUUUCAGGAAAGCUGAACACUGUAUUUCAUUGAGCCUGACAAAACUCCAAAACAACAUUACACAUUUCUUGAUUACAAUUUUGAAAAGGUCAGGCUGGCUGUUGGCUGAUGACUUAUGCUCAAUCCAUAUCUGUAUACUUGUGUGAAAUACAGCAUUUCCACAGUAUUAAAAAUGUCUCUUGCAAAUUGAUUUAAAUAUUCACAGGCCCAGCCAGCUAAGAAAAUAUAUGAGGCUGUAACACACACACACACACACACACACACACCCCGAGAGACAUCUAGGGGACUUAUCAGAAUAACCCAUUCAUUAUUUGCUAGUUUGGUGUGUCAAAAAAGUUGACUACCACAAUUAGGCAAGCCUGCCUCAUAAUAUCCUGUUUGCCCUCUGUGUUACAAGCCCUUUGCCCCUUUCGUGGUUUGUAGAAUAUGUUAUGAUUUCUUCUUGUCGCCUUGCUUGCUGGAUACUCAAGCCUAAAAUAAAUAAUGAACACUUAUUAGCCUAUGUGGACAGGUUACCUCUAAGCAAUGGUUAAGAUAAACAGCGGAAGGGAGAGCAAAACGUGUCUGGCUGCCAACUUGCAAAGCAUCAUUUUAUUAUUUAGGAAGCCAGUGUUAAAAUCUGCAACUGGACCAAUGAGAAAACUAGACCAGGGAAAGCAAAGCUAGCACCAUGGGAAAGGAAAGGCUACAAUAAAGCUCACAACUGUUUUUAAUGCAAGAGAAAAGAAAAAAGAAAAGCAGUUGCACCCUUAUGUGGCUGUGGCAGUUAGAAGUACUUUAAGUAGAUACUAUUAUAGAUUCAUUAAGGACGCAGGUGGCACUGUAGUCUAAACCACAGAGCCUAAGGCUUGCUGAUCAGAAGGUCAGUGGUUCGAAUCCCCGCGAUGGGGUGAGCUCCCAUUGUUUGGUCCCAGCUCUUGUGCACCUAGCAGUUCGAAAGCACAUCAGAGUGCAAGUAGAUAAAUAGGUACCACUCUGGCGGGAAGGUAAACUGUGUUUCCGUGUGCUGUUCUGAUUUCGCCAGAUGCUGGCCACAUGACCCGGAAGCUGUCUGCGAACAAACGCCGGCUCCCUCGGCCUGUAGAGCGAGAUGAGCGCACAACCCCAGAGUUGUCCGUGACUGGACCUAACAGUCAGGGGUACCUUUACCUUUAUUAUAGAUCAAUUAGAAAUUAUAGUUAUUGAUCAUUAAUGGAGAUUUGAAGAACUGGAUAACUCAGUGAUUACCACUGGUUAUUUCAGAACUGGAGGUUGAUCAAGGCAAAAAUCACAACCAAAUUCUAUCACCUGUUUUUUAGAAACUGUUUUAAUACCGCAGAAGACACAUUUCUAUGUAGAACAAUGGUGACCUCCAGUGGCAGAAGCAGCUGACUGGUACUAGAAAUGAUAGUCUGCAACUGAUGACAACCUGUAUAAAAAUAUAACAAUGAAUAUUAAUAUGGCCUGUUACUAAAUUAAAUAAAUCACCCGUCAAUUAUUUAACACGCUUUUCAUUUGCAUAAAAUAUUCCUACAUAUAAAUGAACAAAUAUAAGAUUUAAGGGUUUGGAUAAGCGUGCCCAAAAUUAUAGUAGCCCCUUUCUCUUGUUCCUCUUAAGCGUUAAUUACAAUUAAGAAAAAUGAACGUGUAUGUAAGAUGUGAAAUAUUCCUAAAAUUCUAUGAUUGCGGUUUAAGUUAGCAUUGGAUUGGGAUAUAUCCUGAGCAACGCUCAGGAUAAUAUAAUAGUAGGUCCUUAAAAAAGCCAAAGUAAAAUGGCUUACCCUCUUUCUAUAAUAUGAAAGUGUAUGUAAGUUUUGGUUUUAAGGCCUGUUAAAUAUGGGCAUUUGGAACUGAUAUAAUCCUAAUGAUUUGGAAAGAUAGAUUAAAGCUAUUCAGACUUACAUUUUCCUCAAGGUCAUAGCCAGGGAGAGAGUAGACGAUUCCAUACAUUACUUUGAAUGUAGAGUCUCUGCUGCGUUGACAAAAUGAAACUCUCACUAAAGGAUUCCAAUCUUUUUUUUGUCAUCCUACCUUACUAUAGAGCUGUUUUCCUGAUGUUACACAUUUUGCCUAGCUUUCAUUAUUUUAGAUUGUACAAGCAGUCUGUCUACUGAAAUUGCCUCUUGUUUAACCAUGGAUGUUUUUGGGCUGUGAAAUAUUAUUUAAAUUGCUUUGGAAACAAAUCUGUUGCGCUAACAUUUGUACAAAUCCUUUUCAUAUAGAAAUGCCUCUUACGACAGACCUAGAUGUGGUAAAAUCCUGAUUACGCCAAACUCAAACCUUAUUCCCAUUAACUGUGAUAGGAUAGGAGCUCUAUCCCGUUCUGUGAUUUCUGUGCCAGCAAAUAAUUGCUUAGAGUUGGCCUUCUAUUCCAGUAACCCAUUUUCAUGAAGCAGAACAAUGCUUUGUGCAUGUACAUAUCAUGCCUUUCUUCUGGGUAACACUAUUCUGUUUUCUUUGCAUAUUUGCAGGUCUUGGGGUUGUUGGUAUGGACGCUGAUUGCUGGAACAGAAUAUUUCCUAUAUCCUGUCUUCGGCUGGGUAAUGUUUGUAGCUGUGUUUUACUGGGUCCUUACGCUGUUCUUCCUAAUCAUCUACAUGACAAUGACGUACACUCGGAUCCCCCAAGUGCCAUGGACCACUGUAGUGAGUAUCAGCUUUCAUCUAAUUCGGAACACGGGAAUGUCAUGAUAACAGCAUAUCCUUGUGCAUUUAGGAAAUUCCUGUGGAUGCCCCAAGCUCCCCACCCUCAAAAGAACCUUCCAUUCAUUUCAUUGGAGGGGCUAUUGUUACAGAAUACUGAGGACCACGCAGGGUUUUCUCCUCAACCUCUCAAUCUUGACCUCUUUCUUUUAAAAAGUCCAAAAGCCAGAAAGAGUCAAUAUUUCUGCCACUGCGACAGGUGCUUGAGCCCCUAUACAAAUGUCGAAGUUCUCUUUAUACAAGAAUCCCUUCAAUUUUUCAGUAUUGGACCGUAAUAAUCAUCAUCAUCAUCAUCACCAUCAUCUUUUAUUUGUAUCCCGGCCGAGACCGGUCUCAGGGCGGCUAACAUCAAAUAUAAACAUUGAUAUAAAAUCAAACAAUACUCAAAUCACCUCAUAAAAACAAGUCAGGAUAAAAUUAAAAUCUGAAUUACCGUAUUUUUCGCCCUAUAGUACCCACUUUUCCCCCUCCAAAAAUGAAGGGGAAAUGUGUGUGCGUCCUAUGGGGCGAAUGCAGGUUUUCGCUGAAGCUCUCUGCAAGCCUUGGGAGCCCGCGGGAGUUCCUGUCGGGCUCCCAAGGCUUGUGGAUAGCAGCCUGCAUCCCGAAGCCUGGGGCGCACUGCACAGCGCGCCCUGGGCUUCGUACAGAUAUUGGGCAGCCCCACAAGCUCGGGGCUCAUGUGUCUCAAAAACCCUCUUGAUUUCAAGCCACUUCAAAGGGGAAGAAGCCUGAGUCAUCCUUGUGUGGAUGGAAUAUUAAUCUCUGACUGAAGCAUGAAGAAGAAGGGGCAGGAGGGUUAACCCAUGGACAGCCAGUUCUAACUGCAAAGUCUUCCUUGAGUUCUUGGAAGAGUGCAGUAGAAGGGAUGAGCCCUUUGUCUUUAAAGCCCUAUGCGGCCUAGGACGCACAUACCUAUGGGACCGCCUUUCCUGGUAUGCCCCGCAGAGGACCUUAAGGUCCACAAAUGACAACACUUUGGAGGUCCCAAGUCGCAAGGUGGUUAGAUUGGUCUCAACUAGGGCCAGGGCCUUUUCAGUACUGGCCCCGACUUGGUGGAAUGCUCUGUCACAAAAGACUAGGGCCCUGUGGGACUUGACAUCUUUUCGCAGCGCCUGAAAGACAGCUGUUCCGCCUGGCCUUUGGUUUGGACUCAGUCUGACCCUUAUGUUUCCCUCCUCUUAUGGUUUUGAUCUAUGGGCUACUUUUAAAAUGAGGCUGCAUUUUAAAUUGCAUUUUAACCUGUACAGUGGACACUCGGGUUGCGAAUGUGAUCCGUGUGGGAUGCACCUUCGCAACCCGCAGCAGCGCAUCUGUGCAUGCGCGGGUUGCCAUUCAGCGCUUCUGCGCAUGUGCAAAGCUUGAUUUAGUUCUUCUGCGCAUGCAUGACUACCGAAACCUGGAAGUAACCCGUUCCUGUACUUCUGGGUUUCGGCGGUCCGUAACCCAAAAAAAACCGCAACCUGAAGCUUCUGUAACCUGAGGUAUGACUGUGUUUUAAAUUGGGUUUUUUUCCUAUUGUGUUUUUACUGUAAUUUUACUGGUGUUAGCCGCCCUGAGCCCAGCUCUGGCCGGGGAGGGCAGGGUAUAAAUAAAAUGUAUUAUUAUUACGCCUAUGAAUUCAAGUGAUGAACAGCUGACGUACAAAAUCAAACACAAAGCAUACCAGAGAGAGGCUGCUUGAGAGUGGGAGCUCUGACGUCCUUGAAAGAAUGGAUACGGUUGUGUUCAGUUGGCCACACUUGAGAAAUCCAGCCAGCACACAGUGGCGUAUGUGUAAAACUGCCGCUCUUACCUAAGUGAACAGGAAAGCCAGUGUGAAUUACAAACAUUUGAUUUUUCUGGAAUGUACAGUAAUAAGUUGUUCCCAUCACACUUACUUUAAGGAGGAGGAGUGUGACAUUCUUCCUUGUCCAUUCUCCUUGCAGAACAUUCUUUGUUACUCUUAGGCCUUGCGGACCUUCAUUGAAGGUUUAAAACCUUCACUGGUAAGUUUUUAAGCAGAGGUUGGAAGGCCUUCUGCAUUGCGGGGGAUUGGACUAGAUCAGGCAUAGGCAAACUCGGCCCUCCAGAUGUUUUGGGGCUACAACUCCCAUCAUCCCUAGCUAACAGGACCAGUGGUCAGGGAUGAUGGGAGUUGUAGUCCCAAAACAUCUGGACUAGAUGAUCCUCGGGGUCUCUUUCCAACUCUACAAUUCUAUGAUUCUGUGAAAUGUGUGUCCAGAAACUGGAGCAUGAGAAGCAUGUGGAAGCACCCCAGUCUUGUGAACCAACGAAUUGGGAUUUCUGCUUAUUGGUGCAUCUGCAGGCAGAAUGCUCCACAGCUUGCUAAUGGGGAGUCUUUUUCCUGGAGCUCUUCAUUUCAAGCAGCAGACUUGGAGCCUUUUCCCGCCAACUCACUUAAUCCUGAGAAAAUGGGCAGUAUUCCUUGAGAUGUCCCAUUAAGGCGCUUUGAGGAGCAUCAAAAAGAAGUUAAGUCUUUCAUAAUGCGGUACAGUCAUACCUCGGGUUGAAUGUGCUUCGGGAUGAGCGUGUUCAAGUUGCGCUCCGCAGCAACCCGGAAGUAACCGAGCACGUUACUUCCGGGUUUCGCCGCUUGCGCAUGCGCAGACGCUCAAAAUGACAUCACGUGCAUGCGCAGAAGCGGCGAAAAGUAGCGUGUGCGUGCGCAGACGUGCCGACGCUGGUUACGUUUGCUUCUAGAUGCCGUUCGCAUCUAGAGGUACCACUGUACUUGCUUUUCCACCCAAAAAAAUAAUGCAGAACUGGAGCAUUAACCAGCGACACCACCCAAGGUAUUGGGGGGGUCAAAUAGGUCCUUCCUAACACCGGUUGUUACUGACCCAAAUUUUGAAGACAGUGCAUUAGUUGGCAGACUUAAAACAACGAUGAUUGUAUGGAAUUGUUCCUGGGGCACAGAUCUUUUGACUACAGUUGUUGUAAAAGCAGAAGCUUCAGCUAGAUGUCAGCAAACCUAGAUGAGUUUUCAGUAGAGAAGUCCGGCAAUAACAUCAAGUCUAGGAUUGUGGCCACAGGAGUAAGCUCUCAUCUCUUGUUAUUCACAUUGCUUCCGGUUGAUUAGGAAGCAUCUAUGGAACACUGUACAUGGGGGAAAACCCUACCCUUUUGUCUUUCUUUGUCCUCCCUACAGGGACUGUGUUUUAACGGGAGUGCCUUUCUUUUGUACUUCAUUGCUGCCAUCGUAGACGCAUGUGCCGUCACCAAGGAACUGGACAGCCACAACUACAACAGCUGGGCAGCUUCUUCAGUAAGUUAAUUUUUAAUCUUUGAAUCAUGAAUAGUACUCGAAAUAUGGAAGUGGGUGGAGGAAGUUGUUUAUGUGUUCCAACAAAUAUUCAGGAACGAGGUAUUAAAUUGGUGCAGGUUGAAAGAGGGGUAAUCUAGAUACGUAAUUAUUGUUGAGACCAUAUUAAGAGACUGGCGCAGCAUCUUCCUUAUUUUUAUUUCUUUCUUUCUUCCACACGAGAUUUCAAAACCUCAUGGGUUUAUUAAAACACACUUUUAUUCACCCCUGAAGACAUCCCCUACAUUGUCUCCCAAGACAGACAGGUGCCAAUUUUCUUGCUACAUCCAAAGAGGGAAAUUGUGGUUUAAGCUCUGCUUACAAACCAGGAUAUGAAACCAAGAGGUUUCAUUAAACUGAGACCAUUAAAGCAGUGAAGGAUGCUGAACUACCAGCACAUUUUAACCACAUGUGAACUGAAACCAAAAGAAUUCCUUCCAUGGCAAGCUGAACAGAACAGGGGUGCUCAAGACAGAGUCCCGAAGGACAAUAAAACAAUGAGUGGUUAUUUUAAAACCCUUUUGUUGUACCCCAUGAAUGAUCUGGGAAUACAAAUAAAUCUGCGAAAUGGUUUUUACUAUUUCCUAACAGCUGUUUUCUUUUUCCCCACAGUUCUUUGCAUUCGUUGUAACUUCCUGCUACGGUGGAAAUGCCUACUUUAGUUUUGUAUCUUGGAGAUCGCGGAACUUGCAAUAAAUGUCCUCUUUAAGUUAAGAAAAAACACAUUUGGGUAUAAUGCAUCGUUUUUAAAUUAUCAGUUCCUGCAGUGGUUUUUCUUAAUGCUCAGGCAGAGCAUUUUACUCAAGAGAACUUCAAUGGCUCAUGGCUCACAGUAUGGCCAAACCAUAGUUGACUGUCAGGAGGAUGCUGUGGAUUUUCAUGCCUCUUCCUGUCUCUCCCUCAUACAAGCUAAUUCCAUCUUCUUACUUCCUGAUUUGUGGUAACCAUUGUUUCCUGUGACUUCCAAAUUGCAGGAUACCAUAAAUGAAGAAACUGAUUAUGGGAUUAGCAUGAGGGAUGGUGAGAAGAAAGCAUGGAAGCUCAUAGCAUGUUCCCGAUGGCCAAACCCACGGUAUGGCUACGAUACCUAAACUCAACCAGUUAUCAUGUUAGCAUCUAAUACUGAACCAAGAUGAAGUACAAUGCACUCUCCCUUUCUCCUGUGCGAGUUGGAGAAAGACAUCAGAAAGUUUUACUUAAUUUUCUUUAAGCAAGGCUUAUAGCAUCUGGAUUAGGGUUUACGCUAGAACAGUAACUCUGGCCAGUUUCAGAACAAGCAAACUUCAAACCAUGGUUUAUGAAGCUGUCUUGUUUAAACUAACCAUAGUUGAUAUAAACUACAAACCCCAAUUUAAGUGUGAUGUGACAAGCUGUGUUUGAGGGGAAACUAAAGCAGAGGUUUCUGAAGUCAUCCUGGCCAUGCAGGAGGAGAUGAGAACAUGUGAGGCCAAGGGGAGUCUGUGAUCCGGAAACCAAGCCUUAUGAAGAACGGUUGAAGGAAUUUGGUAUGUUUAGCCUAGUAAAGUACUGAGAGGAGUUAUGAUAGCCAUCUUCGAAUAGGGCUGUCACAGGGAAGAUGUAGCAAGCUUGUUUUCUCCUGCUCUGGAGGCUAGGCCCCGAACCAAUGGCUUCAAGUUACAAGAAAGGAGAUUCCGACUAAACAUCAGGAAUAACUUUCUGACAGUAAGAGCUGUUUGACAGUGGAACAGACUCCCUCAAGACUCUCCUUCUUUGGAAGUUUUGAAGCAGAGGUUGGGUGGCUUAUCUGUCAUUCAUGAACUAGCUGAGAUUCCUGCAUCACUCUUGGGAUCUCUUCCAACUCUACAAUUCUAUUAUUCUAGUGUGAACCAGACUAAUGAGUUUGAUGGUGCCUACUUCCAAGUAAAUAUGCAUAAAGCCCUAAAUGGCCUUAGCCCCGUAUAGCUGAAGGAGUGUUUCCACCUCCAUCGUCCAGCCUGAGGUUCAGCUCCGACGGCCUUUGGGCGCUUCUCUCACUGUGAGACAGGGAACUGGGCAGAGGGCCUUCUUGGUAGUGGCGCCCAUCCUCUGGAACACCCUCUGAUCAGAUGUCAAACAAAUGAACAACUAAAAAAUUGUCCUGUAGCACCUUAGAGACCAACUAAGUUCAUUCUGGGUACAGUAUAAGCGUUUGUGUGCAUGCACACCACUUCAGAUACACUGAAACAGAAGUCCAGUGUUUCAGUGUAUCUGAAGUCCUUCUGUUUCAGUGUAUCUGAAGAAGGGUGCAUGCACAUGAAAGCUUAUACCCAGAACAAACUUAGUUGGUCUCUAAGGUGCUACUGGACAAUUUUUUAUUUAUUUCGACUGCAUCAGACCAACAUGGCUACCUACCCGAAAUGAAUAAAUAUUUGACUUUUAGAAGACACCCGAAGGCAGCCCUGUUCUGGGAAGUUCUUAAUGGUUGAUGUUUUGUAGUUCUUUUAAUAUUUUGUUGAGAGCCACCCAGAGUGGAUAGGACAGUCAGAUGGACAGCAUAUAAAUAAUAAAAUUAUUAUUAUUAUUAUUAUUAUUAGAAAGAAGCCUUAGUUAGAUUUGAUGGAAAAUAUAAGGGAUUAAGACUGGAAACCUCCACCACCACCCCUUAUGCUGGACUGGGGAGGAUUUGUAGGGAGUGAAGACAUUUCUCUCUCGCCUCUGCCGGUUCAUCUCAUCUCCUGCUGACUGAUGCCAGUGGGGUGGUGUUUCUGCUAUUCUGCCAGCACAGACCUCCCUCUUCUGCACAUUGAAAGUACAGUGGUGCCUCGCAAGACGAAAUUAAUCCGUUCCGCGAGAGUCUUCGUCUAGCGGUUUUUUCGUCUUGCGAAGCAACCCUAUUAGCGGCUUAACGGAUUAGCGCUAUUAGCAGUUUAGCGGCUAUUAAAGGCUUAAAGGCUUAGGGGAUUAGCUGCUAAAGGCUAUUAAAGGCUAUUAAAGGCUUAGCAGAUUAGAUAAAGGGGGGGAAAAGCGAAAAAAAAAUCUCUAGACUCGCAAGACAUUUUCGUCUUGCGAAGCAAGCCCAUAGGGGAAUUCGUCCUGCGAAGCAACUCCAAAACGGAAAACCCUUUCGUCUAGCGGGUUUUCCGUCUUGCGAGGCAUUCGUCUUGCGGGGCACCACUGUAUUCCACCCACUGGUUUCUCAUCAUUCUGGAAGAAAGCUCUGAAUAGGGUGUUUCAAGGAUAGGACUGAGCCAGCUUGGAAUCUUACCCCAGUGGCGUAGCGUGGGUUGUCAGCACCUGGGGCAAGGCAAGUAAUUUGCACCCCCUAACCCGUGGAUUUGCACCCCCUAACCCUAACCCCCAGAUGUUGCGCACGGUGCGGCCGGGCCCCCCUGCACCCCCCACGCUACGCCACUGUCUUAGCCUGUGCUGGCCAGUCAUGGGUGUGAUCUGGGCCCAGUUCCUGCACCAGCCUAAAGCCCUAUCUUCCUGUCCCCACACCAAUGCCUCUGUGAAUGUGUCUCAUUUUUAGCAAGGAGCAAUAGUGUCCUCUGCCUAAUUAAGAAGUAUUGUGAAUAUUUUACAUCAAUUAAUGUGUUUCAGAAGGCAGUGUAUGUAUUCUGUUGUAGCGAAAUGUGCCUCCCUUUAUUUUUUUACUUUGUACAUAUAACUGUAACAGUCCGAUUCUAUAUAUAAUGACUCAGAUACACAUAGGACUGCAGCUUUUAGAAUAGGUGAUGAGAUAUAUAUUAGAAUAAUUUAUAAUAUUUUUAUACAUGUUUACUUUCUGUGUUUAGGAAAACUUUCCUGCUUAAAUGCUACUGUACACAGUCUUGAAGAUUUAGAGGUAUAAAUGAGAUUCUCCUUGGAGCGCUAAUGUUUUCUAAAUUGGCCUGGAAGAAAAUAUUCAGCCUCUGGUUAUUGUAACAAGACACAAUCUGGCAAUUGCUUACAAGAGUUAACCAUCUAAUGGUGCCAAAGGCCAAAGUUAAUGAACUAAUCUGAAGCUGCUGCAGUGUAAACAUAUGACUAGAAUGGGAAAUCUACAAGACUGUAGAGUAGAUCCUUUUCAAAUUAAUAUGGGUAGGCCAAUCAGCUUUCAUUGCUGGUAGAUUGUUAGAAGCAGUGGGAACAUUAUAAAUUCACAGCUCAAUUUUAUAUGUGUCUACUCAGAAGUAAGUCCAACUGAGUUCAAUGCGACUUAUUCCCAAGGAAGAUGUGUCUAGGAUUGCAGCCUUAAAGAAAUUACUUUCCAAGUAACUGGCUCAUAUUGGGUGGCUUAUGUGGAAGAAACCGAAAAACAUCCUCUGGAAGUUCACAUUUUGUACAUUCUGAUCUCAGACAUAAGUUCUUUUUCAUUUGAUUGCUGACAAACAAGUUCUUCCUUGAUUAUGGAUUUGUCCAAUAGCAAUAUCGGUGCUAUGAUAUUACAGCAGAAUCUAUGUUGGAGAUGAUUCGAUUAUUUUUUUUUAUCUUUCAAUCUGCGUAUUACAAUUACCAAGCUAUUUUUUAUAUAUAUAAAAAGCAAACCAUUUCCAAUCUGUGUGGUGCCAUGAUCUUCUCCUCCUCCUUCGUUGCACAUUUUGUAAAGUAUUGGAUUUGUAUUCCCUCGAACCAUUUCAAUGUACAUAAAAACGAAAGUGUUUUUUAAAAAAAAA